CGCAGCGGUGCUCCAGGUCGGGGCUAAGGACAGAGACAUCCAGGGAGGCCCGGGCGAAGCUGUGGAUGGAGGACCAGCUGAGCAGCUGUGUCUGAUCCCCACGAAAGGCUAUAUAAAGGAAUUUCUUACCCUGUUGUGCGCAUGCCACACUGUGGUUCCAGAGAGAGGCGGAAAUAAUAUCAGCUACCAGGCCUCCUCCCCAGAUGAAGCAGCUUUAGUGAAAGGAGCAAGUAAACUUGGCUUUGUUUUCACUACAAGAACGCCCUCCUCUGUCACCAUAGAAGCCAUGGGAGAAGAAUUCACAUUUGAAAUCCUGACUGUCCUGGAAUUUUCUAGUACCAGAAAGAGGAUGUCUGUUAUUGUGCAAACUCCUACCGGACAGGUCCGGCUCUACUGCAAAGGGGCUGAUUCAGUGAUUUAUGAGAGACUUUCAGAAGAUUCUCUCUUUGUGGAGGAGACUUUAGCCCAUCUGGAAUGUUUUGCCAAAGAAGGUCUGAGAGCUCUGUGUGUUGCCCUACAUAGAUUUAACGGAGAGUAUCAGCAGUGCUGGGUGAUGUGUAAAGAAGCCAGUACGGUUGUACAAGACAGAACUCAAAGUUUGGAAGACUGUUAUGAUGCUAGUGAAAAGUUCCUGCUACUUGGAGCCACAGCCAUUGAAGUUCGCCUUCAAGCACGUGUUCCAGAAACGAUAACAAAUUUACUGAAAGUAAACAUAAGAAUAUGGGUCUUGACAGGAGGCUCUGAUGUCACUUCCUUGCCUUUAUAG